UAGGUACGGUUGUAAUAUUACACAGGCCUAAAAAUUCGGACAAUUUUUAUGUUGCUUACAAGAAGAAAACUCUUAUAUAAUAACAAUAAAGAAGUCAAGUGCAAACUUUUUAUCCGUAUAAAUUACCUUGCGAGCCGUUGCUAAGCAACGGUAACUUUACCUAUAUGCACCUUAUUUACCGGAAAUUCACAUUUUCCUAAUAAAUUUGAGCAUAAAACUUCAAAUAAAAUACAGAGCGCAGGCCUCGAGCAAAACCAAACAUGAUUUAAACAAAUAUACUAAUAAAGAGAAACAAAUUAAACAUAUAUUCAUUUUGCUCGAGGCCUGCGCUGGUAGUACAAUUUCCCGUUUUGUGACGAGUUUUUGGGGCGGAUUCAGUCGGGGUGUACCACGAGAUGCAGUUUUAUUAGCCAAGUAAUGAUAUAUCGAGGAAGAAAUCUUGUCCAGAAUGAAUGAAUCCAAACAUUAUAGUUGUGUACUGUGCAAAAGACGUCAUACCCAAAAGGAAAGGAGAAAAGUUAAUGAUGAAACAAGAAGGCUCUUAGAAAAAUAUUUUGCAAUUUUUGAUAUCUCGGAAUCAGCAGUGAUAUGUAACAAAUGCUCCCAUCUUUGCUACAAGAAGAAGCAAAAUAUAAACACAAUAGCACAAAGUCAAAGAUCUGUCUCAGAUGUUUAUAAUCCGCCCGUGAAGGUACCAAGGCCUCAGAAUCCAGACAGAAGUCCACCGUCGGUGACACUAGCCAUUCCGAGCACAAGUACAAGUCACUCAUACUGUUUUGUUUGUAAGAAGCCUGGACCGAAGUUAAUUGUUGCUUCAACAUAUGCUAGAUUUAGGGCCUAUAUUCAAUGUGAAUUAUUUGUCCAAUCCGGGUCAAGAUGCUGUCCAUGUCAUAUUGAAGAUGGAAUUCUUUCAAGAGAUGCCUUGGAAAAAGUAAAAGCCACCAAAAGUUCUUGUCAUCUGAACAGAACAUCGAUACUUGAGCUUCUACAGCAGGCCAGAGAGGAAGUCCUUAAAAAGGAGGGUAAGCGAGUUGACUUCGAUGAUCCCACAUGUUUGAGUGACUCUGACUACCACAACUUAACUGGACUCACUAAGGAGCAGUUUGAUGACGUCCUCACUCAUGUGAACAACAUUAGGCCCACAAAGACGAGGUCAAUCCGUACCUGCUUAGCCAUCCUUCUGACAAAACUACGCUGUGGAAUGGACAACCAAAUGCUCGGAACUAUCUUUAAUAUGACAAAAUAUCAGAUUCGCAGGGCAGUACAGUCUGCAAGGAAGGCUCUUAUGUCAGACUUCGUCCCGAGGAACAUUGGAUUUCCCCACAUCACCAGAGAGGAGAUUAUUAAGACCCAUACAAGGCCACUUGCACAACAUCUACUUUCAGACAUAACAACUGCCCCCGCAAUACUGGUGCUGGACGGAACUUAUAUAUAUAUCCAAAAAAGUGGAAACUACACCUUCUCCAGACGUUCCUUCAGUAUGCAUAAGCGCCGGCCGCUUUUGAAGCCGAUGAUGAUUGUUUCAACGACAGGAUAUAUCGUCAGUGUCCUUGGCCCAUACCUAGCGGAUCCAAAGAAUAACGACUCCUCUAUUCUGAACCAUUCCAUUCUUUUGAAUACCGAGGAAAUACAGAGAUGGAUCAAGGAGGACGACAUCUUUGUGGUAGAUAGAGGAUUCCGUGACUCAGAAUCAGUUUUAAACGACCUUGGUAUUCGGAUGGAGAUGCCUGCGUUUAUCCCGAAAGGCCAAAAACAACUAUCAACGGAAGAGGCAAACAACUCCAGGCUCGUUACAAAAGUCAGAUGGGUUGUUGAAUCUGUUAACGGUCGGGUGAAAACAUGGAAAUAUCUUGGCAAGACGCUUCCAAACAGUCAAAUUCCAUAUAUCGGAGACUACGUCAGGAUUGUUUGCAGUCUUUGCAACAAAUAUCGGCCUCCAAUCACCUCAGGAACAUUUGACGCUGAUAUUGCAGUCGCUUCUAAAAUGACAAUGUUGGCCAAGAAAACAAACGAACUCCAACAGUUUGUUCUUGAAAAUGGGCUGGAUAAAAGAUCCAUGAAAUGGACUUCCAUCGAUGCCGACAGCAACAUCGUAAAGGAUUUCCCCAGACUUGCUGAAGAGGACAUUAGAGAACUCACCAUCGGCGUGUAUCAGUUAAAAACGGCGAAGUCUUAUGCAGCAGAGCACCUCACAGAUGAUGGAAUGUUUGAAAUUCUGGUGAGCAAUGACGUUCCCAAUAUCGUUUGUGCUAAAAUUCAAAGCCGCCACACAUCAGCCAAAAAGUACUCACUGUGGAUUAAAUACUGUGAAACUAUCGUGUCCUGGUACUGUACUUGUAAAAAUGGAGCACGAGUCGUUGGAAUGUGUGGGCACAUAUCCUGCAUUAUUUGGUACCUGGCCUUUGCCAGACAUCUUAGUAAUGCAGGAGAUGAGUCUCUUGGUAUUCGGGAUUGGACAGAGGAUGUGGAUGAUGCAGCUCGAGCCAUUGACAGCUCCGAAGAUGAAGACGCUCUGGAUAAUCAGGGUCAGGAAGAGUAGCUAGCAGACUUACACGUAGUUUGUGCGGUAUAUGUAAUGUUUACAGUAUGAACCUGAACAGAUUUAUGAAAGAAAAUACGUUUCCAUCAAUUAAACUUAAUUUUAUAAUUCAACUAAAAAUGUAAAUGCAUGAUUUAGAUGAUUUGAUUUUGUUGAUUUAUUGAUGUUGUGUUUAUUAAAGACUUGUUUGUUUAUUGAAUUAGAAUGGAUU